CACCCCCCCUUCGAUCGUCCGUCCGCCACAACACAUCUACCUCCGAGCACUCCUUCCACCAGCGCAGCGCAGCAUCACGCACCAUGGCGACAGCGAUGCAGGCGCUCAAGGGCGACGCGCCGCAGCAGGCUCGCUCCCUAUACCGCCAGCUCCUGCGACAGGGCGAGCAGUUUGCGGCCUAUAACUUCCGGGACUACGCGAAAAGGCGAACGAGGGAUGCGUUCAGGGAGCACCAGCACGUCCAGGACUCGCGGGAGGUGCAGGAGCUGAUCCAGAAGGGCCUCAAGGAGCUGCAGGUGAUGAAGCGUCAAACGCUGGUCAGCCAGUUCUUCCAGAUGGACCGAUUAGUUGUCGAGGGCGGUGUUGCUGGCAAGGAGAAGGGCGACCAUAGCGAGAUUGUGAGGCAAAAGGAGCAGGGUUACGAUUAAGUCAUUGCCACGAGGGAAGCUGGCAGUCGACCCUGGGUCUUGUACGACAAGAGAUCACCAGGCAGGGAGGACCGUCGGACUUUGUACAAUAUGAUCGGGGAUGGAACGAAACUGUACACCAAAAUACAAAUGACUGGGCUGGGAGGGGAGGCAGCAGGGGACGCUGCAUGCGCUGUGGGGAGGUUACUUGGCUACCUACCUUAUGCUUUGGAAGCCGGAUAGAGGACAUACGCCCCUCUGAGCACAUAGAUUCUCACAAUGGAGUUUGCCUGGGCACUUU